UGACAGUUGUGACGUUGCCAAGUUGUGGACAAAUUAACCGACUUGCGACGCCUUUUUUCUCUUGUUUCUUUGCGUGAUUCUGAUUCGUGAAUGGCAGUGAAGGCAAGGUGGAAGAUGCUGUCGUCUUUUAGGAUUCUCUUCUUCCACAUUCUUCCCGUCUUGCUAAGCAGUUCCACAGUUAGCUGCACCGCACUCAAAACCCAGCACUCUUGUGACAAAAUUAACCUAAUUGAGAGUUCAGCUGGGCAGAUCCUUAGUCCUUCUAGAGAUUAUGGCAAUGGAAAUAUUUCUUAUCCAUCCAGAGUGAAUUGUGCCUGGUACAUCAAGAUUCAACCAGGUUUGGUCAUCACGUUAAGUUUCUCAAUGUUUGACCUGGAAGAAGGGAGGCAUUUGUGCAGCGCCAAACCCUGUUGUGGUGAUACGUGGCUCUCAAUAUUGAGCAUUCCGUCUCACUCUGCCCAGCUUGUUCCAAUGUUUAAUUUUCCUGUCCAAGACACAGUCAAUUUUCUCUACUGUGGUUCCUUGUCACUGCCUCCAUUAGUCUUCUCAGGCUCCGGGCUAAUUUUGACGUUUAAAACGGGCGAUAUAAUUAGCGGAGGAAGAGGUUUUGUUCUCGAUUUCACAAUUGAUAAGCCGAUGAGAAAUUAUUGCGAAGACGGCCACUUCCACUGCGCCAAUGGUAAAUGUAUUCUCAAGUCUUGGUUAUGCAAUGGCUGGGAUGAAUGCGGAGACUCCUCCGACGAGCAAAACUGCACAGUGGCAUGCAAAACUGGUUACUCUCACUGCAGUUCAAACAGUUCCCUCUGCUACGACUUUAUUCACGGAAGAUGUAACGGAAUUCUAGACUGUCCAGGUGGAGAAGACGAAAUAGCGUGUGCCUUAACUUGUGGAAAUCAACUCUCUUGUCGGACUCGAGGCGGUUGCUACAGAUCAACUCAGCGUUGUGACGGAAUGAACGAUUGCCCGGACGGAUCUGAUGAAGAUGGUUGCGACGCAGCCCUUUGCGGGCCUCAUCGUGACGGAUUCCUGUGUCGGAAUCGUCACUGUGUCACGGCCUCUGCUCGUUGCGACGGAGUCAAAGAUUGUGGCGAUUUCAGUGAUGAAGAGACUUGCAUGAAGAUGUCUGUCAUAACUGCCGUCAUUCUGGGCUCUUUGAUCUGCGGACUUUUACUCGUCAUCGCUGCCGGUUGUGGAUUGCGUCUCUAUCACUUGAGAGUGGCCCUUGAGCAGCGAUGGUCCACCAUUCGCCUUCAACAGCGCACCGUCCAUAGUCAAGAUUUCGACGAAUUUGGACACAGACGCCCAGUGAUGGGUCGAUUGCCACCGCCCAGCUACGCUCAAGCCACCGGUGCUGUUGAUCUUUCCUCGUCUUCCCACCGAAAUAUCUCAUCGCCGGGCGCGUAUGUCCCGUCUCAACGUCAGCGGCAAUCGAAUCGCGUCCGCCGUCCUGCCCCGCCGUUACCCGAACCGCCAACGCCUUUACCAUUGCGGCUCUCCACUUCCGGUCCGUCCAGCGUUGAGGUGGAAUUGCACACAUCACAAAUGCCUGGCCAUGAAAUCAUCGAUCCACCACCACAGUCGUCAUCGCAAUCGCCGCGGUUCGUCCCUGGCAAUUUCUUGUCCCGUCUGGUCCGGCGGGUCUGGCGAAAAGAUUCCGCCAACGACGACGGCGGCGGCAAUGGUGGUGGUGGAUCCGGUGACGGAGUGUCUUCCUCGUCCAGUGCAUCCGGUCCUCACGAUCUGCAGAUCCCUUCCGCACAAGACGGGCACGUCACUAGCGGUCUGACAACAACCAACAACAACAACAACUAUAAUUUCUCUGCCUUUGUAGUAGCUACUCCCAACCGGUCGGACGAUUUCGACGACGCUGCAGAUGACGACGAUGUCGACACGGAACCUCUCAUCGAGUCUCAUGGUCCCUAACUUUGGUCUGAACGAUUUGUUGUACAUUUUAUCCUCCUCGUCUGCCCCUUUUCCAAACUGUCAAAGAAAAAUAUCAUAUUUAAUCUCAUUUAUGGAAGGGAAAAAUCAAUCAAGAAAUCAACUCCUCAAAAAAUUUACCUCCUCAUUUAGCGGAGGGUCUUACAUGGUCAACGCCAAAAAUCAGCGAAAGAAGAAAAAAUCUUAACAAACAUUUGAAGAAGAGAAAAGCUUUAUAAAUAUAGAAAAAUGAAAAUAGGGUCUGGAACAAUUUCUUUCUUUUCUCACGUGUUUUACUCGUUACAUUGGUGCGCCUGUUUUGUUCCGUGUGUGUGUGUGUGCGUGUGUAUUUGCUAAGUGUACAGCCUUAUUUUUUACAAAAGAUAAAAGUGUUCUGUUAG